AUGAGCUUUCUAGAAGAGCUUUCUGAGCCAUCAUCGGAGCCAGAGGAGAAGCCCAGCAAGUCUAAACAUUCUUUGGAAGACGAGGAUGAGUGGGAGAAGAAGUUUGUAAACAAAAACAAAUCAAAGGGCAAGGAAGGCCAAGAGGAUGGAUCCGAAGAGCUGCCAGAGACUGGCAACAAGCAGAAAUCAAAGAGUAAAGAAUCUGAGGGUGGAUCCGAGGAGCUGCCAGAGAUUGAUGACGAGGAGACGCCGGCUACAGCUCCAGCUAUCAAUGCUCGUAGUAGAGGUAAAUAUAAAAUUGUAAUAGAAAUCAUAAACCAUAUCCAUAUGGUAUCUUUUCAAGCAAGUCCGACUGGUGAUGCUGGUGGUCGUGGGGCUCCAGUCAGCGUUGACAACACUGGAAACGGCGGUCAAGUGCAACCUAUACCCGCUGGAUCUUCGAGCUCCUAUGGCAGCGCUGUUGGUGGCUACACUGGUGGUGGCUACCCUGGUGGAUACAUUCUUUUAUAUGAUAGUGGAUAUGGUGGUGGAUUUGGUGGAUAUGGCGAUUCGCUUCCUAGACGUCACAAGAAACGAAGACGUCAUAAGAAGAAGAAGUUCCGAUUUGAAGCCGCUGUAGAGGAGCCGGAAGAAGAGCCUGAACCAUCAUCAGAGCCAGAAGAGGAAAGAUCGGCUCCAUCGAAGUCAAUCGAAAAGCAUCCGCCAAAAUCGGAACCAGAGGAAAAAUCCAGCAAGUCUAAAAAUCCUUGGGAAGAUGAGGAUGAAUGGGAGAAAAAGUUUGUAAGCAAAGAAACCGAAAAGGGUAAGGAACCCAAGGAAGAAUCCGAAAAGCUGCCAGAGACGGACAACAAGCAGAAAUCAAAGGGUAAGGAAUCUGAGGGUGGAUUCGAACUGCCAGAGGUUGACAACAAGCAGAAGUCAAAGGGUAAGGAACCCAAGGAAGAAACCGAAGAGCUGCCAGAGACGGACAACAAGCAGAAACCAAAGGGUAAGGAAUCUGAGGGCGGAUCCGAAGAGCAGCUAGAGUUUGAAGACGAGGAGGAUGCCACAAAACCUCCCUCGGAAUUAGCGAAUUCAGAAAAACAGACGCCAGCUACAGCUCCAGCUGUCAAUGUUCGUAGUAGAGUAAGUCCGAGUGGUGAUAAUCAUGGACCCCGAGUCAGCGUGGACAACAGCGGAGACCCCGGACAAGUGCAGCCUAUAUCCUCUGGCGCUAACCAACCUAUAGCACCUGGCGCUCCGAAGCCACAAGAAGAUAUCAGACCUUCCGGGUUAGGUGGAGCCAGGGUACCCACCCGGUCCGGCAUCGGCGGCGGACCAUUAUCUGGCUUAGGUAACGGUGGUCUCUUCGGCUUCUCAUCAGGGGUAGGUGCUACCGCACCAGGAGUGGGAGAUAUCGGUGUCGGAAGUGGAUUAGGAGUAGGACGAUAA